UGACAUUUUAUCAAACCUUACGCUAUAUAAGUGUUAUGAUUGACAUUAUACGAAACUUGUUUAAAAACAAGAAAUCAGCCAAACUUACUAUUGAAGAAGCAGAAGAAGCUAAUGCUGCUGCUACAAAGUUUCUACAAGAACAAACUUCACGUAAAUCAAAGUUACCCAUUUACAAAGGUCUUGAACGUUUUGAAUUACUAUCAAAGGUUGGCGAUGGUGCAUUCUCUAAUGUAUUCAAGGCAAGAGACAAAGAAACUGGUCAAAUUGUAGCUAUCAAAAUAGCUCAAAAACAUGAACUAAACGACAAAAAUAAUACUCACUUACAUCCAAGUUUGAAAAAACGAACGAAAGCAACCGAGCGUGCCAAUAUUCUGAAAGAAGUCCAAAUUAUGCGUGGAGUCAAUCACCCUAACAUUGUCAAAUUGAAUCACUUUUCUGAAUCGGAUGAUUACUACUUUUUGGUACUGGAACUAUGUGAAGGUGGUGAACUCUUCCAUCAAAUUGUAAAACUUACUUAUUUUAGUGAGGACUUGGCACGUCAUGUGAUCUAUCAAGUGGCAUCUGCAGUACGAUACCUUCAUGAAGAAUGUGGUGUUGUUCAUCGUGAUAUCAAACCUGAAAACAUAUUGAUCGAACCCAUUCCAAUUAUACCCUCCAAGAAACCCAAAGUAGUGUUUAUCGAAGAAGACAAAGUAGAUGAAGGCGAAUUCAUUCAUGGCAAAGGUGGAGGCGGUAUUGGCAAUGUGAAAUUGGCGGAUUUUGGACUUUCCAAAGUGAUAUGGGACACUGAUACUCUCACUCCAUGUGGUACGGUCGGUUACACUGCUCCUGAAGUUGUUACAGAUCAACGCUAUUCCAAGUCUGUUGAUUUGUGGAGUCUGGGGGUUUUACUUUAUACUAUGCUCUGUGGUUUUCCUCCGUUCUAUGAUGAAUCUAUUAGGUCACUUACAACAAAGGUGAUGAAAGGUCAAUAUACUUUUCUUAGUCCUUGGUGGGAUCCGAUUUCGAAAUCAGCCAAAGAUUUAGUCUCUCAUUUACUCUGUGUGGAUCCUAAUGAACGAUACACCAUUGAUCAAUUUUUCGCUCACCCAUGGAUGCAACAAUAUCAAGGCAAGAAGGAUACAAAGUUACAUCGUAUGAAGGACCCUCGCACUCAAGCUAUGCAAAAUGCUGCUGUUGCUGCCCAACGUACUCUACCCACCACAACGGUCACAACAACAGCGACAACAACGACAACCGAUAAUAUUGGAUCAUCAUCUCAUCCUUUGGAUCCUACUCUUGUGGAUCAAGAAGAUAAAAAUGAACGAUCUGUCAAAAUGAAUGAAAAUGAGGAACAAGAAGCACAGGAUGAAAUCAAACCUCUUCCAUCUGCAGCAAAUAAUACCAAACGACAAGAUCUAUUCACCCCUGGAUUUGCCUCUCUGAAAGAAAUAUUGGAUAUCACAUAUGCCGUUCAACGAAUGGGUGAAGAAUCACCACAACUACGGGAUUCAGAUGAAUGGACAGAAGAGGACAAUGAAGAAGAGAGUGACAUUGAAGAUCAACAACUUAUUACUUUAGAAGCCAAACAAAGUAUCAGCAGUGACACAUCAUCAACUACUCACAGCGGCAGUGUACCAGCAACUGAAGGAUUAUCUGAAGAAAUAAUGGCCAAGGCUGAACAGCUAGCUAUCAGUGGAAAAGGAUUUGCUCAUGUACCAACAACAACCAAGGACAACUCGGUCAAAAAACAACAUCAUCUCUCUACUCCUACUUCUCAUCGUCGAAAACAUGUAUUCAAGUUGAAUAUGGAUCAAGCUACUUUAUUGAGAAACCGUCGUGCUGGAACUCCUGUUAUUCCUGAUGCUGCAUGAUUACCCAUACCUUGUUAUAUUUUAUUAUUUUGUAUAUUUGUAGAAAAUUAUUUUACACACAUCAUCAUCAUUUUUUUUUUAUUGUUGUAUAUUACAGAAUUUGUUUUCCCUAGUAGAAUAGACAUUUCCCUAUACCAUAUUUCAGUCUUGUAUUGUUUUUCUUUAUUUAGCAAUAAAAACAUUAUCUCAUCCUUUGAUAGUU